GCGGUGUGUGGAACUCCGCUGGAGCGUCGCAGGAAGCGCGCAAGAGUCAACUCUUCGCGGUACAAUGGCGCCGCUAGAUUUAGAUAAAUAUGCGGAGAUUGCCAAACAGUGUAAAUACCUCCCGGAAAAUGACCUCAAGAGGUUAUGCGACUAYGUGUGUGAUCUUCUGCUGGAGGAGUCCAACGUUCAGCCCGUUUCUACACCAGUGACUGUAUGUGGAGACAUUCACGGACAGUUUUAUGACCUGUGUGAGCUGUUCCGAACUGGCGGCCAGGUUCCAGACACCAAUUACAUCUUCAUGGGGGAUUUUGUUGACCGAGGAUAUUAUAGCUUGGAGACCUUCACCUACCUGUUGGUGCUGAAAGCCAAGUGGCCCGACCGCAUCACACUUUUGCGUGGGAACCAUGAGAGCAGGCAGAUUACGCAAGUCUACGGCUUUUAUGACGAGUGCCAAACCAAAUACGGGAAUGCAAACGCYUGGCGGUACUGCACUAAAGUAUUCGACAUGCUAACAGUUGCAGCUCUGAUGGACGAGCAGAUUCUGUGUGUCCAYGGCGGCCUCUCUCCGGACAUAAAGACCCUCGAUCAAAUCCGAACCAUCGAGCGAAAUCAGGAGAUCCCUCAUAAAGGAGCUUUUUGUGACCUGGUGUGGUCGGACCCUGAAGACGUAGACACCUGGGCCAUCAGCCCCAGAGGAGCCGGCUGGCUCUUUGGAGCUAAAGUUACAAAUGAGUUUGUUCACAUCAACAGUCUGAAGCUCAUCUGCAGGGCACAUCAGCUCGUCCACGAAGGCUACAAGUUCAUGUUUGACGAGAAGCUGGUCACGGUGUGGUCGGCUCCCAAUUACUGCUACCGCUGYGGCAACAUCGCAUCCAUCAUGGUCUUCAAAGACGUUAACACAAGGGAGCCAAAGCUCUUCAGAGCAGUGCCUGACUCCGAAAGAGUCAUCCCUCCCCGAACAACGACCCCUUACUUCCUGUAGACGCCCUUCAGACGAAGCAGCUUGUUCAGUAGGCAGAGGCACUCGUGAACCCAUGUAAACGUUGGUGUAUUUGGGUGUGUUAAGGGAGCACUUCUUGGUGCCAGCUGUCAGUUUUUAUUCCCGCUCUGUGAUGCAUUUGAUGCCGUUAUUCUGCAGCUUAAGUUACACCUAGAAACCACAGCAAAGGAGGGUCACUGAGCAUCACUGCUGUAUUAGAGGAAGGACUCCAGUCAACUGACAAUGUAAAAUCAUAUUUAUAAAGCUUCAUUCUUUUACAUUAAAAAGAAACAGAUUGCACAUGCAGCAAUGUAUAGAUUGUUUUGAUGUUAUUUUGUUAUGGCGAUGUAUUUAGCUGGAUGUAUUAAAGCACUGCACACAGUUCAAAGCUCUGUGUCCUGAAACGUCUCACUUCCAGGUUGUCAUCAUAUAACCCCAUGAMUAAACKGUAUACCUGAGAGUUGAUAUGUAAAAAAAAUGCUCAUCUCCUUUACGUUUUGUUUAAGCUGUGGUAGCUGUCUGCAAUUUCAAAAUGUAAAGUCAGUUCUUUGUGAAUAUUAUUUCUGUCUGUAUUUAAAUAAAUCCUAUUGAAAAGUAUUACACCAUAA